AUGUCAGAGUAUGCUUUUGGGCCAGGCCACACGGAGACCAGCUGCGGCGCCACGUUGGAGGAGGAGGCGCGGCAUGUGCAGCAGCUGCAGGUGCACGCCCUGCAGACCGACGUCCUGAUCGACAUCCGCUACAACUUCCUGGUGGGCGCCACUGGCUACGUGUUCGAGGGCCGCGGCUGGCGUUACAGGUCCGCCUUCGCUCGGGGCUACGACUUGACCAGGUUGGGAGUCGUCUUCAUGGGAAACUUCAAGACGAAGCCCCCGACCCCGGAGGCGGUGGAGGCCUUCCACCAGCUGAUGGCUCUGGGGGAGCGCGAGGGCCACCUGAGCCCCGACUGGCGCGCCAUGGCGCAGUGCCAGCUGGUCACCACGGACAGCCCGGGCCGCGCGCUCUACCAGCUGCUCAAGGGCUGGCCGCGCUGGGCAGGGCCCUCGCCGUCGGAAAUAACUGGUCUGCUGGACAUGGACGUGGUGUCACGGGAAAAAUGGCGGGCAAAUCCGCCGGCAGCGCCAAUCCCGAAGCUGGAGAGUCCUGUCCGGGUAGUUGUCAUUUGCCACACGGGGACGACGGCACGUACGAGCGUGGAGCGUGAGCGUCGUCAGAUGCGCAGCCUGCAGGACUUCGAGGUACACUGCCGCGGACGGGCUGACCUGCCGUUCAACUUCGUGCUGGCGCCGUCUGGUGCCGUAUACGAGGGCCGCGGCUGGACGCUGGCGGCAGACCUCAGACUUCUGGGUCGAGACCUGGAGUUGGAGCUUCCAGACGAUGGCAAUGGCCGCCGCUGCCUGGCCGUGGCGCUGCUGGGCACCUUCUGCAGACGCCUGCCGGCGCCGCCAGCGCUGGACGCUUUGCCCUACCUGCUGGCCGAGGCGGAGCGCAGAGGGGUGUUGGCGCAUGACUACCGCGUCGUGGGCCACUGCCAGCUGGCGGCCACCAGCAGUCCGGGCGGCGCGCUCUUCUCGCUCCUCAAGACGUGGCCGCGCUGGACCGACCGGCCGUUUGACGACGGGGAUCACGACGCUGAUGAAAGCGACAGCGCCCCAGGGCGCUAA